AAAACAAGUGUAAAUAAACAUGGCGAUGGAUAUUAAAUUUAUAUAAUUAUUUGCAGUGUGAGGACUUAUACAUUGAGGAAAUUAUUGGUGAUGUAUCCUAGGGUAAAACAAUACUACAAUGAUUGCUGAUGAAAUAAAUGAAUCAUAUUAUAACAUUGAUAUUUGUCCAAUUGAAACAUUGCCAGAUGAGAUUCUAGAAAAUAUUUUGAGUUAUGUUGCUCCUUAUGAUGAUUUACAAUGUUGUGCUGCAGUAUCUAAAAGAUUUUACGGCAUCGUGAAAAGCGUGAUUCGUCACACAAAGAGGAAAUUCCAAAAAUCGAUAUCCGAGUUCAACUUAGAAUGGGACUUGGUGACUACUCCGUUGAUGACAAUUGCUAGGCGGUACUCCCAUUCAGCAUGUCUUAGUGACAACUGCAUGUACGUGUUCGGGGGCUGCACACCCACCGGCUCCACCUUCAACGACCUGUGGUGUCUCAACCUGAACACGCGGCAGUGGGAGAGGCCGCUCACGGUGGGCAGCUACCCCUCCCCCAAGGCCUACACCACCCUGGUGUCGCACAGGCAGCAGCUCAUCCUGUUCGGGGGCUGGACCCACCCCUCGCCGUUCCCGCUGCACCAGCCGUGGAAGCUGUUCAACGAGCUGCACGUGUACGAUGUCCCGAGCGGCAGGUGGUCCAGUGUCGCCACCCCGCUGUCGCCGCCCGCCCUGGCCGGCCACUCGGCCUCCAUGCAGGGGACGCUCAUGGUGGUGUUCGGGGGCGUGCUGCAGGACAAGUACGGUGUCCAGGAGCGUGUCAACUGCAAUGCCAUCUGGUGCUUUGAUACUGAAACUCAAACAUGGAGUCAGCCAGCAACGUCACAACUGAAACCUCCGCCACGGUACGGCCAGUUUCAAGUUGCACUCGAUGACACUCAUCUUCUAAUCAUAGGUGGCUGUGGUGGACCGAACAUGGUGUUCAAGGAUGUGUGGCUGCUGACUCUGGGUGACCCCGAGUGGACCUGGCAGAGCGUCAAGGUUCGCAACCCGCAGUGGGCGGCCCCUCACAUCUGGUGUCACCCCACAUGCAAGGUGGGCAAGUACGUAGUGGUGUUCAGUCGCAGCCGGCAGCUUUCUCCUGUGAUGCCCUUGGUGGCAAAGGGGAGCCCGCCGUCGCGCAUGCCGGCGCCUGCGAGUCCUCCGAGCCACAGACCGCAGAGGGAUGCUCCUGGUUUUCCAGAGAGGUCGCCAGACAGUCCCGGGACCAGCCGAGAGCACAACGUGAACGGACGUCGAGGACACUUCCUGCACCGUCCAGGGGUUGCUUCCACCAGUUCGAGCAGCGGCGAGGAGAGCGAAUCAGAGGGCAGCACGGGGAGCGUGGCCGCCCCCAGGCCCAAACACGAUCGCGGCGAGCGGGCCCCGGCGCGGGACGACUUCUCGGCCGGGCCCGGCGCGAUGACCAUGGCUGCGUUCCGCGUGCCCGACGGCAAGGGCAGCAGUCGCAACCGGCUGCGGCAGCUGGAGUCGCUGCGGAAGUACGAGGACAGGCUGCGCAACCUCUCGCGCGCGAGGUCCCGGGGCUCGCGGCGGUCCGGCAGUGCCAUGACCAUGUUCGUGCUGGAUGUGUCCGGGGUCCUGGCGGAGGAGCGCUCCGUCGAGUGGCUGCAGUGCAAGAGCGGGUCCAACGGGGAGCCGGAGGAGACCAGCCUCUGCUCCCUGGUGCCCGGGAAGGGGGAGCUCGUCAUGUUCGGAGGGAUACAGAUCGACGUCACGUCUCUGUCCACCGAGAGCAUGUCCAACAUCAACGAUCACGUUUCCAACAACUUGUACUUCAUCACCACACCCCGUGACAUUGCAUGAGCACGCGUCAUUGGUGUAGCCAUGCUUUGUAAAUGAAUAUAUUUGUAAUUAUUUCAGUCGGCAGUCAUUUCGCGAACGAGAAAGUGUCGCUGUGUUCUCUUGUUCUGCGUUGAAAGAUGACUGUGAUCACGGCUGUGGCUUUGUUUGAGUUCUCACUGUAUAGUUUAUUUUGCAGAUGAGUUAAAAGAAAACAGGAGAACGUAUGUCAAAUUGGUUAAUUUGAAGAGGUUUGUGCGAUAAUUUUGUUUUGAUUGCUUGUAAAUCUUUGCUCAACUAGUUUUUAAGUAAAUAUGCCCUUUAGAGGUGAUAUGCAGCAGAUAGUUCUAUUUAAAAAUAUGUUGCUCCUAGCAUGUGCCUAUUUGAGUACACAAUUUUUUAAAAAGGAAUAAUGAUGUAAAGUUUGCUGUAACUUUGAUUCAUUGUAGCUAUGAUUCUUGGCUGCUGAAAAGAUGCUUUCCUAUUGUAUGUGCAUUUAGGUGAAGUCUGCCUGUCCAAUUUGAGCUUAAUUAUUUGUUAAACUGUAUAUGUGUCAAAUCUUUAACUUAUAUUUAAAAAUAUAUCUAAGUAUUGUUCUUUUAAAAAAUAUAUAUCCUUUUGAAUUAAAAAAAAAAUGGAAAGCCAUGGAUCAUUGUGAUUUGGUUUUCCAUCAAGGGAAUUUUAUCCAAAAUAUUUGGUUGUAAUUUUUAAGAUACUAUGUUUGGAAGCUUAAAUGGCUCCCAAAAAGGGAAUGAUUAAAACAUGCACAUAUUAUUUAAAUGUAAAUACAAAAAAUGGCAGUUUUAUUUUAAAUUGUGAAUUUUUUAUGCUAUUUUGUAAAAAACAAAAUAAAAUAAAACAAAAAUUACCAUAA